CUAAACCUAGGAGCUCGCUGGGAUCCCGUGCACUUCGGUCGGAGAGGCAGUCGGGAGCCGCCGCCGCUGCUGCUGCUGCUGCCGCCGCUUCUUCACCGCAGCGAUGUGCGCCGUGCCGUCGCGUGGGAUUUGCCCGCUUUGAGUCCUGCGCUUUUGUGUCGAUGUGGAUCGGGCCCGCGCGUGACGCGGUGCGGAUCGGAUCGCUGUGGUGCACGCGGAGGGGGGGAGGCAGAGGAGCGCAUCAGCCUAGUACGGAGCGGCGGACACACCGGAGGCUCCCCAUGAGCAGGAGCGCGUUUCUCGCACGCUUCCCACGCGUGUCCGAGCCCACGUCUUCUUCUUCUUGACUCGCCCAGCAUUCAUCGUCGCCGCCACGACCCGACCGAGGGCUGCUCUCGACCCCUCACCCUCCUGUCUGAUGGUGGCGGGCAGAAGCAGGAUCAUCCGCGCCGUCCUCUGAAAGCCCCCGGCCGCCCGGUUGCUUCACGGUGGAGUCGCGCAGCGCGGCCGUCCCGGUCUCCUCCGUCGUACCAUGUACGAGAGCGUGGACGUGGUGGGCUUGAACCCGAGUCCGAACCCCUUCCUCAUAAUGGAUUACUACAGCCCGAGCAGGGGCUGCCUCGUGCCGGAGAAAGGGGUGUCCGCGGGGGCGCAUCCCUACGGCGUGUCCGUGAGAAACCAGCACUGGAGCGGCUCCAACCACUCCAUAGAAACACAGAGCACCAGUUCGGAGGAGAUAGUGCCAAGCCCCCCCUCGCCUCCCCCUCCUCCACGGGUCUACAAGCCCUGCUUCGUGUGCCAGGACAAGUCUUCAGGGUACCACUACGGAGUCAGCGCCUGCGAGGGCUGUAAGGGCUUCUUCCGCAGGAGCAUCCAGAAGAACAUGGUCUACACAUGCCACCGCGAGAAGAACUGCAUCAUCAACAAGGUCACAAGGAACCGCUGCCAGUACUGCCGGCUCCAGAAGUGUCUGGAAGUGGGCAUGUCCAAGGAGUCGGUGAGGAACGACCGCAACAAGAAGAAGAAAGACGAGAAGAAGCAGGAGUGCACAGAGAGCUACGUGCUGAGCCCUGCCACGGAGCAAAUGAUCGAGAGGGUCCGAAAAGCCCACCAGGAGACCUUCCCCUCACUGUGCCAGCUGGGCAAGUACACUACAAACAACAGCUCAGACCAGCGCGUCUCCCUGGACGUCGACCUCUGGGACAAAUUCAGUGAGCUCUCAACCAAGUGUAUCAUCAAGACCGUCGAAUUUGCCAAACAGCUGCCCGGGUUCACCACGCUCACCAUUGCUGACCAGAUCACCUUGCUCAAGGCCGCCUGCCUCGACAUCCUGAUUCUGCGAAUCUGCACUCGCUACACACCAGAGCACGAUACCAUGACCUUCUCAGAUGGCCUGACACUCAACCGCACCCAGAUGCACAAUGCUGGUUUUGGACCUCUUACCGACUUGGUCUUCGCCUUUGCCAACCAGCUGUUGCCCCUUGAGAUGGACGAUGCCGAAACAGGGCUCCUUAGCGCCAUAUGCCUGCUGUGUGGAGACCGUCAGGACUUGGAGGAGUCAGAGCGGGUGGACGUGCUUCAGGAGCCACUGCUGGAGGCGCUCAAGAUUUAUGUGAGGAAGCGACGGCCCCACAAACCUCACAUGUUCCCCAAAAUGCUGAUGAAGAUCACAGAUCUGCGGAGCAUCAGUGCCAAGGGUGCAGAGCGUGUCAUCACCCUGAAGAUGGAGAUCCCGGGUUCCAUGCCACCUCUCAUCCAGGAGAUGCUGGAGAACUCAGAGGGCCUAGAGAGCCAGGGCUGCGGGGGUGCCAGGGGGGGUGGUGGGGCUCCUCCUGGAAGCUGCAGUCCUAGCAUGUCUCCUAGCUCCACCCAAAGCAGUCCAGCCACACAGUCCCCCUAGACGCGGGGGCCACCGUCACCCCCAACUAAGAGAGUGCUGGCCGUCGCGCUCCUGAUACACAUAUCCUACCUGUAACCAGCCCUGGAGGACCAGCCUGGACCAGAGGCACUCGCUGAGAAAAGGUGGCAUUUCACUGCUGAUAUCACCUCCUCCCUUUGGCACCCACCCCCUUCCGGACAUGUGGACACGACUGGAUGCCCGAAUGCUUCCCGCAGCAAGAUGUACGGACAGAUCGACGAGGCAAGGACGGUCGGAAAUGGGAUGCACAGUUGGACAAACGGGCGGGUGUUACGGACAGACACUGGACUCUGCUCGUCCUACUAGGUCCACUUCGGCUGGGACUAAAACAAAGACCGUAAACGUUAGGUCUGUUGUUUUUCAACUUUAAGAGACAGAUUUUUUUUUCUUACAAAAGAUAUAUAUAUAUAAAUAUAUAUAUAUAUAUAUAUAUAUAUAAAAGGAAUGGUUGAGAUUGACUUGUCGAAGAUGGGAUGACAGGUUUUAAGUGUUUUUGAAAAGUUUUCUCACUGUUUCUGAGAUUAGAUGCAGUUGUUUUUCCUCCACUGUUUUAGUCUUUUCGUACCCAUGAUAUUAACAGAAAUGCACAGCUGUUUGAUCACAAGCUGGUGUUGCUUUAUUGAAUCAGAAGGAAAAGCUGAAAAUUUCAAAAAAAAGAAAAAAAAAAAAAGGUUUAAAGUACCAAUUUUCGCACAUUCAAAGGUUAAAAAAUGUUGGGUUGAAAAAAAAUAUUUACACAAACUGU